AUGUUCUUAGCUUUUGUUUUCUCGCUCCUUUCACUGGACUUCCCUCGCUGGUCCGCCGCAGCUCAGGCACCAAAUCCCGGGAGUUCAGCCUGGUUCAUGGGGUGCUUCACCCCCAGCAACAGCCUGUUUGCACCCAGAGGUGCACGCCGUGACCUUGACCUGGUAACCUGCUCUGUGUGCUGCCUGGAUGAAGGGUACCAGGUUGCAGCGUUGACCUCAGAGGCUUGUUACUGUGGCAACGAGCACCAUGGACUUUUGUUCGGCGAGUGUUUCAACACCUCUGCAGAUGAAGGGACAAAGGGAGUCAGAGGAGGAAGAGGAAGUGUCCUCUCUCUCCCUGUUGGAGGAGACGGACAUGUUGCUCUCUACAGGACUGAGGGGCCGUUCCUGCACCGCGUCCGUCUCUCUACGCCUGCAGACAGAGUGCAUGUUGGGAAGAGUUUUGUUGUGGAAGUCUCUGGAAACCUGGCCGGACCCCCCACCCAGCCCACAGUGCAGAUCCAUGCAGCACAGAGAGUGUUUCCCACACACACAGACGUGACCCUCCUGGCUGUUUCUGAAGCAGCGGAUCCUGCACAGCUGCUCUGGAUCUUUGGAGACUCGACGUCAGAGCGGACCGCCUCCAGGAGCGUCACCAAGAGAUACCGCACACCUGGCAGGUAUGAUGUGUUUGUGGUCCUGUGGAGUGGCCGUUCCUCCGUCUCCUCGGAUGUUUUCCCUCUGGAGGUGCAGAGCGCGGUGCGGCUCAACCGGCUGCUCCACCCGGCCUCCGUCCUGCAGAACCAGGCGCUGAGGCUCAGCUGCCGGGUCACUGCGGGGACAGACGUCUCCUUCCUCUGGAGCUUUGGAGACGGCUCCUCCCGGCCGGGACUCAGCACCGAGCAGCACGUCUUCCACAGGACAGGAGAGUUCAGGGUGGAGGUGACAGUGUUUAAUCUGGUCAGCUCUGCCUCUCUCAGCGCUCACAUCUUUGUUGUGGACCGGCCCUGUCAGCCUCCUCCAGUGAAAAACAUGGGACCUCUAAAACUACAGGUGCGGAGACAUGAGGUCAUCCGUCUGGGAGUGACCUAUGAGACGGAGGUAGACUGUGACAUUUCAAAAGGCCUUCACUACACCUGGAGCUUGUUGGACUCUGCAGGACGGGUUUUCUCUCUGCCUCUCGUAGACACACACAGACAGAAACUCAAACUGCCCAGCCUCGUGCUGAACUACGACACUUACACUGCUAUAGCCAGGGUUCAGGUGGUUGGCAGUGUGGUGUACAGUAACUACAGCGUGAAGGUGCAGGUGAUACCGAGCCCUCCUGUGGCCUUCAUCCAGGGUGGCACCAACAUCUUCAUCAACAACAGGAACAACACCGUGGUGACGCUGGACGGCACGAAGUCUCACGACCCAGACUUCCCCAUGAACCCCGUCAGCUUCAGUUGGACAUGUAAACCAGUCAGCUCCCUCCCCAGCUCCUGUUUCCAUGACGAUGUUCCCACUUCCUCCUCAGUGCUCGUAUUUCCUGCUGGUUUCCUAAAACACAACUUUGACCAGUUCCAGUUCACGCUCACCGUCCACAGCGGCGAGCGCUCGGCUUCCUCAGAGGUCUUCCUCACGUUCACACCAAACGUCAUCGGGACAGUGCCAGUUUCCUGCCCUCAGUGCCAUGAAGAGAAGCUGAACUGGGAUCAGCCUUUCUCCGUCAGCGUUGUGUGUGAAGGCUGUGAUACUUCCACAAAAAACAUCCAGUACACCUGGAGCCUGUUCUUAGUCAAUGCAUCAUCCAAACCGGCCAUAGAAGUCCCAUUUUGCUUCACGGUGGAUCUCAGUGCUCCGUCAAACAUCAUGGAGGGUCCUUCUUCCCUGAGGACCUCAACCCAGCCCACACACACUGUCAAUACCUCCACCACUGCCUCUCUGAGGGAGAAUGCCUCUAUAUUUAUAGACAACAAGCUGAAUCUAAAUGGGACAACUAGCGGAGAAGAGUUAUCUGACAACAACAGAAAGAAGCCAGGAGAGGAGCCUUUUUAUCACCCUCUGGGGGAGUUUGACCCUCCAAAGCCUUUGUACUCCUCCACUGAAUACCCGCCUCUUGACAACAGUGGCGUCCUUUAUUCAGACCACUUUACCCAGAGCGGCGUUAUCACUGAACUCCCAGUGGAUCCGGACUCUUCUGCUGACUGGGAGUUUCCUUUUCCUCUCCUGGAGAGUGAGGAUGUGGGAGAUCGACCAGAUCCAGAUUACGAUGUUCCUGUGAUGGAGGCAGAGGAAGGAGACCCGGGGAUUUCAGCAGGAAGACCCUCAGGUGUGGACGGUGAGAGCUUUGGUCCAGGAGAUGAUUCAGAGUUUGAUCUCGCGUCACGUGAAGAGGAAGGGAGUAAUCUGGUAGACUCCGGUCCCUCUGUAGUGAAACAGGAACCAAUCCUGCUCGAUUUCCCUCGACAUCCCAUAGACCGAGGCCUUUUUGAGUCCUACACCUACACAGGAGUUUCCGCCCCUUUGCUCAGCUUGAGACCCUUCAGCCUGACCCCUGGGAGCAGAUACAUGUUGGAGGUCACUGCCAAAUCUCGUAGUAGUUUUCUUGGCCGGACUCAGCUCUUCUUCAAAACCAACCCUGCUCCAAAAGGCGUGGUGUGCCAGGUUCAGCCAAUCAGAGGAGUGGAGCUCUACACACACUUCAGCAUCUUCUGCACCUCGGGGAAACAGGAUUUAUUGUAUGACUACAGCGUCAGUGUAGGAGAUGGGCCUCGGAGGACGCUCUAUGCAGGCAGAGACUUCCAGUACUACUUCAGCCUGCCCUCUGGUGACCCCGCUGAUCAAUACAAAGUAACUAUUUUCACAGAGAUCAGAAGCAGCUCAUAUGGGACGGCCACUAAACCCUGUCCUGUCACCGUGGAAGUCCAACCCAGCUUCUUCAGAGACACCUCCUCUUCCUCCUCUUCAUCCUCCUCUUCAUCCUCCUCUUCCUCCUCUUCUUCCUCUUCUUCCUCUCACCCUGACCCUGACCUGGAGCUUUCAGGGUCGGGUCUGAGGAACCUGUCGGCUCUGGUGCAUCUUGGGAACAGUUUGGAGGUUCGUAACUACGUCAGCCUCCUGUCGGGCAUCCUGAACCGACUCACUCUGCACACCGAGGCCAACACACACACGCAGAGACACACACGCAACACACUCAUCCACACAGUGUGUGAGCUGGAGAGCAAUGGACAGGCAUCAAUGGAGGACAACAUCUGCAUUCUCAAAAACCUUUUAGAAGUCACGCGUCAGGUGACAUUAGCGAGUGCUAGACGAGUGACGGCUCACGUUCAGGACGUCUCGCAGCGGUUUUCAGAGUCCGGUGGUCCAGCCUCGUACCGUCUGGAGCAGAAACCCCUCCACAGCCUGCUGUCUCUGCUCUCAUUCAGCCUGCAAACCUCCACUAGUGCUGACAUUACACAGACGUUAGAUCCAGACCCACGUGAUGAAGCAUCCAGAGGUGGAGGAGGAUCCAUUUCAACAAAGCAGGUGGAGCAUCUGGUAGCUGAUAUUCUGCAGACUGCUUCAGACCUGAUGCUGAAGUUCAUCUUGAUGCACAAAGUCCAGGAGCACAGAGUCAGCACCGGUCUCAUAGCCUUAUACUCAUCCUACCAGAACCAAAGCUCCACUGUGAUCAGCAGUGGGUCGUCCUCCUUCUCGCUGCCCCCCUCCCUGAUCCAGCUUGUUCACGGCAGCAGACCCCGGUGUGUCCUCAGCACUUUAACAGAGCUCCACCACAGCCCUUUCACCUGGGACCCCUAUCACAGGAGGCUGAGUGGACCUGUGGUGGAGCUGAGUCUGAACCAGUGCAGCUCGAGGAGGAAGAUCCCAGUGCGCUCCCUCAUCGAGCCAAUCAUCAUCCAGCUGAAACAACCAUCAAACAACAGCUGUGAGCGCGAGUACGUCCUCCUGCGCAGCCGGGUCAACCACCACAGCUUCAACCUUACCCAGAAGCACUUGCAGCAGGCCAUCCAGCUGAGUGUGGUGUUCACGCCGCCCAGCAAGCCGUUUCCCAUCAUGCUUCUCUUCAGGAUGUUUGAGAGGCCGACUCCCAGCAUGCACCAUCUGCAGGGGAUUCACUCCUGGAAGAGCAACGUCACGCGCUUCACUCUGCCCUCAUCUUACCUCAGUGCUGCAGGUGUUGGUCACGUAGCCCUGCUGGACGCUGAUUUUGGGAAAAGGCCUGGUUCCCCCCCCUUGAGUGAGCAGGUGAGCUACAGCCUAUCGGUGGACAGCAGCCUGUGUUUGUCCUGGGACGGCCAGCAGGGGGCGUGGUCACCCCGCGGCUGCAGGACUCAGCAAACAGACGCCUCUCCUGACGUCACCUGCAGUUGUCACCAGCUGAGGCCGCUGACUGUGAUGCGGCAGCAGAUCCACAGCAGCCAUGAAACAACACAUCUGGACCCCUUCCUCAGUGUGCGCAGAGACCUGACGGUGCUGCUGGUGCUGCUGCUGUGUUUGAGCCUCUCCGUCCCGGCGCUGCUGCUGAGUUUCAGAGCUGAUGUCGCCUCAGAGACUCACCGGAGAGUCCACUACCUCUCCGACAACUCCCCGUGUGACCCGUACCUCUACGCUGUUACCAUCCACACCGCUCUCUGCUCUGCAGCACGUAUGAGUGCAAAGGUGUACAUGGUGCUCAAAGGGGAAGAUGGUUUCUCACAGACAAGAGAACUACAUGUCCCAGGAUGCACUCUGUUCAGGAGGAACUCUCAAGACACCUUUAUCAUCAGUGCAGCCGACAGCCUGGGCCCUGUGUGGGGGGUGCACAUCUGGCACGACAACUCUGGACCCUCCCCGAGCUGGAACAUCAAACACCUGGACGUGUCCGAGGUGAGCAGAGGGCAGCUGAAGGGACGUGCGUGGCUCUUUGUGGCUCAGUGCUGGUUGGCUGUGAACCAAAGUGACGGGCGGGUGGAGAGGAUUCUGGGAAAAUGCACUCGUGGAAUAGGCUUUUUUAAGAUGCUGAGUCUCAAGCUAUCAGAGUAUUUGGCCGAUUACCACAUAUGGAUAUCUUUGUACAGCUGCCCCUGCCCCAACGCGUUCACACACACUCAGAGACUGUGUGUGAGCCUGCUGCUUCUGCUGGGAUAUGCAUGUGUCAGCACCCUGAUCAUAUCACAAAUGGAUGACCAGUUGCCCUUCCAGUUUGGCUGUGUAGAGGCAACAGCUGUUUCUGUGCGGACAGGAGUUCUGAGUGUGUGUGUGAUGUUGCCAGCAGCAGCAGUUAUAUCAUUCCUGUUCAGACAGAAAGAGGUCGAGAGAGUUCAACACGCCAAGAGCAGAACGACUGGAAAGGACUUCUUUCAAGAUGAUUGUUCAGUGAGCGGCAGUAUAUCGGAGCCCCAUCUCUCCUGGAGCGUUCUGCAGCUGUGGGCGCAGGACACCUGGAGGAAGAAAUACCAGGGCACAUAUCUAACAUCAGUGUCCCCUACGAUUCAGGUAAAUAAAAUCACGGAUAAAGAACCUGAAAUCACAACACUUUGCAGUUUGUUGCUCAUUAACGAGGGGGACAAUGCCAAUCAAACACCUCCGGGAAAAGAGUUUGGUACGAGGGAUGGAGGACAGGAACCGAGAAGUGUUGAUGGGGGUUCAUCGGACGGCAGCUUGGAGGAGGACGUCCCUCUGAAGGGAGGAGGAUUCAGAUCUCACUGCGGUCUCUACCUGGCCUGGACUUUGUGUCUGCUGAUGUCCCUCUGCUGCCUGGUGCUCUCUGCAGUGCUGGGGAUGAGGUUCAGCAGCAGCAAGGUUCUGCUGUGGAUGCACUCGCUGUUCUUCUCCCUGGUGUUCUGCAUCUUCAUCAUCCAGCCGGCCCUGAUUUCUGCAGUGGCAGUGGUGGUCUCCUUCUGGUUCAGGAAUAGAUCAGACUUUCAUACUUCCUCCAGUAUAAGAGAGUUUGAGAACCUGCAGAGCCACCAGGCUGCCUUUCCUCAGGACAGAGGCUCUUACCUUGAACAGCUGCUCGGAGCUCGGCAGCGAGUCAGGUUUCUCCGUCUCGUGCGCCCGCCGACUCCAGCAGAGCUGAGGAAAACCAGAGGGAAGAAACGAAGAGAGACACUGAUCCAGAACACUCUCAGGGAUUUGUCCGUCUGUGGCUCCAUGCUUCUCCUGAUGCUCUGCAUAAGUUAUGGCGGCUCAUUCACUGACCAUUACCAACUCAAUGAAGCUGUCAGAAAACAGUUCACAAGGGGCCAUGAUAAUGCAUUCAUGUCCAUCCAAAAGCAUGAGGACUGGUGGCCGUGGGCACAGAAGAAUCUCCUUCAUUCACUGUACAAGAAUUCAUCAUCCACUGAGCAGUCACACAUCUUGAUUGGAGAGCCAAUCCUGUGGAGGGAGGAGUCGAGUGCUUUUCAACGCAAGGUCUCCAGUGUGACUCUCGUACCAGAGAGUCUUCUCUCGUUCUGGUCUGGGAUCAGAUCAUCCUCUCACAAACAAACCAAAGACUCGGUGCCUCCAGGGACGUUUGGUCAGAGUGCUUCAGUCGGCUUAGGCCACACAAAGUCUGCUGCUGCGUCCAAACUGAAGCUCCUGCAGUCAGACGGCUGGACGUACGGACAUACUGUCUCUCUCCACUUCACCUUGUUCAGCCCUGCACCAAACCUGUUCACCAGUUUGACCCUGCACACUGAGCAGAGCCCCCCCGCUGGCCUGCUGCCCUCUGCCAGGGUCCAGUCAGUGGGGGGGUGUCACUCUCCUGCUGUGGGGGACUAUGGUGUCAUGGUGUGCCAGCUCCUCUUCCUCGUCCUGUCUCUGCUGCAACUCUGUCGUCAAGUGUACGCUGUAGGGGAGCAAGGGCUGAUGGGAUACUGGAGGACUCCCUGCAACUGGCUGGAAGUCAGUUUGCUGACUGUGUCUUUAGUGUACUAUAUUUAUUACAUCUAUCGCUCCGUUAUCGUCCUGGAGGUUGUGGAGCUGCUGCACAAACACAGCUACAGAGGGCAUGUGGAUGUCAGCCUCCUGGCAACAUGGGAACAAUGUAUUCGUUCUCUGCGUGGCGUUACGCUCUUCCUCCUCACCAUGAAGUGUGUCACCGUGCUGAGAGUGAACUCCUCCGACUCACUCCUCACCCGCUCACUCUGCAGCCUCCUCUGGCCAACGAUUUCCUGUGUUAUCCUGAUGGUGGCGCUGUCCUGCGCGGGGAACCUCCUCUUCGUGCAAAGCUCCUGGUCUUUCAGCUCACUUCCCCGCUCCUUUCAGACGCUGCUCGGUCACUGCUGGGGUCUCCGGGCCCUCAGGGGCCUCCACCGCUCUGAGAGGGAUCUCCUUUACCGUGGACUCCUCUUUCUGUCCUCUGGGCUUCGGACAGCAGUGGUGAUAGGUGUGAUGUCCUCAUUAGUCAGAAGAGCCAAAAGAUCUGGAGGCAGAGGGAAUGUGCUGACCAUGGCAGAAUUAUCCCGCUACAUCAGGAGGAAGAUCUCUGAGGUCACCUGGCAGCGAAGACAAGCAUGGACUGAACAUCAUGUGGAGGGAAAGACAUAUUACUUUGAGGAGUUUGAAAGCUUAUUAGAUGAGCUUUUGUUCAGACUGAGCGCCCUCUCCAACAGUCUGCACCAAACUCUGCCGUCCAAAGCUCAUCGCUACCGGGAGGACAGUCCUGCCCUCUCACACACACAGCGGAUCAACAUGCACGCACAGGACUUUGUAAGAACACAAGAAGAAACCCUACCUGCAUCUCACCUGCUCAGGUCUGAGCUUGAACUAGAGGACAUGCAGUUUCUGCAGCAGAGAAACCAAAGGGGAGGCUGUCCCUUCUCUGACGUUGUUGUGGGAUUGGAUAAUUCACAACAACCAGGAACAAGAGCCGGAGAAAACCCAAAAGACCAAGAGCUCCAGACUUAUUUAAAGACACAGAACUACCCGUCCCGCCCAGAGACGCUCAUCAGGGUUUGGACAGAAGAUGUUCUGGAGAAGCAAAGUGACCCAUGGACAGAAAUCAAUUAUAAAACUCAGACCCCACAGACUGAGAUGGUGGUUGAGGUGCUGGUCCACGAGGAGCCUGGCAGGGUAGAGCCAGAUCAAUAA